GUGGGAGGUGCGGGCGACAUUUUCCAUAAAAUAAAUGAAAGCAGGUAAUCGGAUUAAAAUUCGGUUCAAAUUGAGGCUUUUGACAGCAGGUUCGGCACUCGGUCACCAGUAGCCGUCCGCAGCGGACCUCCUCAUUCACUGGGAGUAAGGAAACCAGCAGAGAAACAGCCAACAUGCCAGCUGACUUGAACGGUUAUUGGAAAAUGAUUUCCAAUGAUAACUUCGAGGAGUACCUGAAGGCCCUUGAGGUAAAUGUUGCCAUCAGGAAGAUCGCCACCUUGUUGAAGCCCGACAAGGACAUCACCCACGAUGGGGACCACAUAAUCAUCAAGACCCUCAGCACCUUCAAAAACUACAACAUGGACUUCCAUGUGGGCAAAGAGUUUGAGGAGGAUCUGUCUGGAGUGGAUGACAGGAAAUGCAUGACCACCAUCACCUGGGAGGGAGACAAGCUGGUGUGUGUGCAGAAGGGAGAGAUUGAAGGAAGAGGCUGGACCCACUGGGUGGACGGAGAUGAGCUUCAUCUGGAGCUGAGAGCUGCAGGAGUUGUUUGCAAGCAGGUCUUCAAGAAGACCUAAGCUGGCCCUUAUUGAACGAGACGGUGCCCCCGGCUCCCACGCCUCCCACGCCUCUGACAUACCAUCCAACUUCCUUUUGGUCCAUUGAUACAUCUCUACAUAGGUCCAUCUACCGAUCUUUUAUGUAUUUUUCCUUCACAAAUUACUAUUUUUGCCAACCAUCACAUUUGGUGAAUUAUUCCAUCAAGAUUGUUGCCUUGCUCUGCCAAAGCCAAGGCUUGUGUAUCAUGUAACAUCUCAGAAUGCAAUACUGUAUAUCUGUCUCAGGGUGGGUGCUCUUUUGAUUAACAAGUUUUAGAUGUGUUGGACGCAUGCAUACUACUACUGUAGGUGUAGCUGAUCUGAUGGGUGAGCCAGACUGAUAACGCAAUGCGCCGAAAAGACCCGUGGGAAAGUAAUGGACGCAGUGAAGCGAAGAGAACAGUAAUACAACAAAUCAAAAGGGUUAAUCCCAUUUUAGUUCUCUCAGUGAAUGCUGCGGAUGGACAAAGAUUUGAGUGUGUUUGAGGGCUUUAGACUCCUUUGCUAUUGAUGCUUAGUCUCCAGUGUGUAUUUAUCCCUCCCAAUUCUUUUGGGACUGCGCCAUUGAUAGUAAAAUGAAUCAAUCAAUAAAGUAAACAGUGCUCAAUAA